UAUUAUGUCACUUCUUUGUCCAAUAAAUACAGAAUUGGUUCAAUAGAGUUGCAACAUGACGAGUCCAUAAAUGUGUGGACCCUUUUCACACUGUACACAAUUAUUUAAUGGUACCGUAAUUACUUCAAAAUAUUCAUGUUGCAGAAUAGGGUAUUUUGCUGCAAACGCUGCUUAAAUAAUUGUAUACAUAAUCAUCCUUCCAAUAAUUGGUAUUGGUAUAUUAGGAGCCUUAGGAGGUUAAAAAAUAUAUUAAUGUUAGGUGGUGUUGUAAAAAGACCUUUUCUAGAAGCAACAUUAAAUUUUGAUUCAUAAUAAGCAGGCAAUAUGACAAUGUGUUUAUAAUUUGGAAGCCAAUUAGUUAACAUUAUCAUUAUAUUUUUUCAACGGUAUCUAUAGACAUUAUAUUAGACAUCCAGAAGAUUCUGAUAGGCCGAUCAUAAACUUUGAAAUUGCUUUAAUUUAUUGUUUAGCUAUUCCAAUCAGUUAGGCUUUAGGAACAGAAUUUGCAAAUUAUUUACCAUUAGGUACAUUACUUUGGAUAUAGAACAUUUUUUUUGUAGCAAUAUCACCUGUUUUAUUUUUAUUUGCAACUAAGGAACUUUCUUUAUAGACUUUGAAAUAAUAAGAUAAUGAGAUAUUACUAAAAUCAGCCUUAAUACCUCUUGAUGAUGUAAAAGAAAAAUAGUAAUUAUAAGAACAAGAAGCUUCUUUAUAUAAGAAAUUCUAUGAAUAAUAAUGUAACAAAUUCCCUUUGUAAGUGAUUUUAAUAACAAUUGGAAAUUUUGCAAUAAAUGAGGUAAAGUAUAUGCUUUUUAUAUAAUUAGGUAAUAAUUUUAAGUAGAACAACGCCAGGUUUAAUAUCUCCUUAUUUUAGUCAAACUUAAUCAUAUUGUUAAGCUUGGAACUUUUAUAUGUUGUUACUUUUGUUCGCAGUGAAUGUUAUUAUAACUCUUGUUGUAUAUUUUAUAAAAAGAAAAGAAGAAUAUACAAAAGAUGCUGUUAAAUUUUUUAAUUGUGAAAGAUUUUAUACUCCUGGAACAAGAUUCUGGAAAAUAUAUGCAGCUGGAUGGGUAACAGGAAUAGUAGCUGGAUUUUUUGGAAUGGCAGCAGGAUUAAUUAUGAUUACAACAAUGGCUGAAUUUGGAUUAAUAUCAGCUGUAGCUGGUGGUACAGCUAAUUAUUGUUAUUUCAUAAUUUGUUUUUAACUCUUUGCUACAGUUUUAUCUAAUCAAAAAGAAGAAUAAAAUUUUGGCGUUGGAGAUUAGUUUUUUUUCUAUGUUUUAGGAGUAUUUAUUUAUAUAUAUUUUAUUCUUCUAGAUUAUAAGUGUUUUAAUAUUUACAAAUCUUGGAUAUUAUUAUUUGAAGAAAUAUAAUAUUGCGCAUGCUCUAUUUUAUAUUGAUUUUGCUUUGGUCCUUUUAAAUAUUGCAGGCAAUCUAGCUUGGGGAAUAGAAACUUCUGAAAGGCACAAUUAUUAAUACUUAUAAUAACCCCCUAAAAUGUGUUAAAAUAUCAGAAAAAACGACAUUUGAUUCAUUAUCAAUAC